ACAAAUGGAUUAUGUAGUAAGCUUCUUGACAGCGAUCAUGGCCAAACGUGAAUUCAGAAAUUGCGAAGAGUUCAAGUCAUUCAUCCUUGCAUCUAAGCACUUGCUACAAAACGACAAGCAAAAGGUAGCACAUUCAAAGCUCAGCAUUCUCCUUGAUAUGGUUAUCAACCAUUGAGUAAGGCUUAAUACCUUCUCAGCCACAAUUGAGCGGAAAAGGGGUUAAAAAGAAGGUUAAAAUCACCAAAAGAGAUAGGUCUUCCAGGACCCACAGAAGCAAGAAGCAUUCAGCAUCCACAGAGCAUAUUAAGGCCAAAGGAAGCACGAAGAAAUACAAGCAAUACAGAGACCUUAAGAAAUGUGCCCUUCAGAUGCAAAAGAAUUGUGAAAACCAGACUAGGAACAAUAACUCUGAUAGCUGCUUAAGCACCAUAAAUCCUUCAAAACCUGACAAAAACAUCUUGAACAACGGUGAUAUCACCAUUAAAUUUGAGGAUGAUUAUCCUGAGAAAACUGAUGAGAAUUUAAGGCAUGAACAUUUCUCAAAAACUGCUCCAGGGAACCAUAAACUCAAGCAAAAGCUUGCCAAAUCAGCAAGGAAUACCGUCGUCUUCCAUCACAAACCACCCCUGACCAAGCGAAAGCCUAGUUUUGAAGAUGACAUGGACCCCAUCACGCUUGGGGAAUACAUGAUUAGUGCAAAAAUAGCUAAAGAACAAAAAUACAAACUUUCAUUGUGAAAUACCCGUAGUGGAAGUAAAAAGAGGCUGCUCAACUUUUUCCAGCCAAUAUCCUCACAAGAAACGCCAAAUAACCAGGACAGGAUCGAAAUGAGAGCUGAGUAUAAUCUCCAGAGCAUGCUUAAAGCAAGGAAGGAGCACAAGAAGAGUCAAGCCCAAGAUGAUGAGCUUGAAGAUAACUACAAGCGGAAGUUGCUGACCUACAAGACUCCUCCUCCAGAGCUGGCUAAGCAAAUGUAUUUUAAACGGUAAUCUUUCAAUUUUUAA